GACAAAUAAAGACAUCAACUUUUGCUAUUUAAUACUACAUUCACCCAUCUCUCUCUCUCUCCUUUGUCACUCUCCUCAGCUCACUCUCACUCACACUCACUGCAGCUACUUUGCUCUUUACUGAUAAUCGAGCUUCCUUUCCCAUCAAAUCAAAUCAUUGACUACUCCUUGUUUCUAAAAAUACCCAACCCCCCAAAAUUAAAAAUAAAAAUUCCUCCUUUAUUAAUUUUAUCUGUACUAAAAAUGGAGAUGAAAUGGCAAUAAUGGCGAUAAUGAUGACGGGUGACAACACUAAUCCUACUCCUUCUAACACUAAAACUUCCCCUGCUAUUUUUCAUGACUUUCUUGGUGAGAAACAGGUUGGUAGUCAAUUGGAGAGAAUAUCAUGUUAUGGUCCAAAAAGUGAUCUUUCUGUGUCUGAAGUAAGCAAUCGAUUUAUGGGAAGUAAGAGGAGUCAUUCGGAUUCUGCUUUUGUUGAGUCAUCAAGAGAGGGGAUUCCUCAAAAAGUUCCUGAGAGCUCACAUAUGAUGAAGAUGCUUCGCAGUGUAAGUGGAGGAGAAAGACUCAAAAUCUCACCUUUUGAUGGGCCUCUUCAUGGAGUACCUCACCAAAUUAGGCCGGUUUCUUCUUUCGUUUCACAGACAAGUAUGGGCACCAAUGUCAACUUUGUAAACUCUGAGCGGUCGAUACCUAUGAAUGUUGGUGGGAGUAGCAUGCAGUAUAAUGCUUGUGUCAUGAAGUCUUCUCCUCUCAUGUAUCAAGUGCCGUCAAGCAGAUUGAGGGACACCAUAUCUGGUCCAUCAGUCUUGUCUCAGCUGGCUGCUGAUGAAGGAUCUAGGACUGGAAAAAAGGGCUCCGGUAUUUUGAGUACAAUAAAUGCUGUCAGUAAUCCUGUUUCUGAGAGGAACCCAUCUGGGUUCGUGCCGAGUGGCCGCAACCUUAAGCCUGCCACGAAUAAUUCCGAGCCAGAAUCAUCUAACCCUUUAAGUUCGCGUGGACUAACUGCAUCUGGUAGCAGACAAAUGACUAUAAUUUAUGGUGGUCAAGUCCAUGUUUUUGAUGACGUCCAUCCAAAUAAGGCAGAUGUUAUCAUGGGACUGGCUGGGUCAAAUGGAGGAUCCUGGUCAACCAACUUACCAAAAUCUUCAUCCAGGGCAACCACAACUGACAAUUGUUUACCCGGUGGAGAAAAUGAAAUAAGUACAGCUGGUGAUCGUUCGUUUGCACAGAAAUAUCACCACAUAUUAUCUGCCAGUGCUAAUUCCAUCCAUGGAUUAGGGUCUAUCAAUCAAGGUGGGAUGAUUGUGAAAGAUGCAGGAACUUCAGUUCAAGCAAAAGAACAUAGCUUCGAAACAAAACGGGAGAUAUGACGAAAGGAUAUUCAUGGGCAUAACACCGGCGAACCUUGCUAGUAGAUGAGCUGAUAAAUAGGUCUAACCCUGUUAUUACUAACUUUUUGCAAAAGGGUUUCUGCUGUGUAGAUAACUGCUUAAGCCAAUUUAGUACGAGUAAUUAGAUAAAGGGAUUAGUGAUAGUGAGCUUUGUACAUGGUUCAGAGAAUCAGAGCUAAAGCUUAUUUUGUCAGAUAUUUAAUACCUUAAAUGUAUUCUUAAGAAUAGCUUCUAGCUUA